UGCUGUCGUGCGUGAAGUUUGUAGCAUGUGAUGUUUCGUGAAAAGUUAAUUUUUUACGAAUAAUUUUGAAAAAUAUUGGACUGUGCUGUGCCUAAAUGUGUUAGAAAUAUUAUAGUUAGUGCGCCAAAAUUAGUGUUUAGUGUAUAAAGUGUUAUCGCUUCGAAAUACAAAUACAUGGAUAAAGCCGUCACUUAGGGUUGGUUAAGUCAUGGAGUCGCAUAUUCUAAAUAUGUACCAUCAGACCCCAUACCGAAGUAUAGGGCACAAGAUUAUGCGCUCGACGAGUGAGUCCCAAUCUUCUGAGAGCAGUUGUAACCAGAAUAGUCCAGAGUACUCGCAGAAUCAACAAACAAAUGGGUAUGAUGACGAUGGGGAAUAUUGGGAUCCUCAGGAGAGGCGUAAGGUUUGGAGUCAGAACCAGAAUGUUAAUAUAACACAGUCCAACCAAGAUACAAGUAUAGACGAAGAUGAAAACAUAGAAGUACAGGAAAUAUCUAUAGAUGACAAGAAUUCUGAGUCUAAUGACAAUACAGAUUUGCUAGAAGCAGACAAUAUGGAAGAAGACUCACUUGUGGAAGGUGACGAUUAUGAUGUUAUCCAAGUCUUUGCUGUCGACCCUGACUUAGACCUUGAAGCUUCAUCAGAUGAAGAACAGGAGGAUUACUGCAUAGAUGAAGACGCUAAAAAUUCUGAUGACGGCGAAUACUUAAAUACUGUAGAUAAAGCAGAGCUUACUCGCGCUAUAUAUGGAACAAAAAGCAGAACAAACAGUUUAUGCCAAGAUAGCUUAGGUAUUAACUUUGAUGCACCAGUAGUUUCAAAUGUCGAUGAAUAUUUCGUUAAAGCUAAUAACGAAAAACGUAUAUUGGAGAUCAAAGACGAACCGGUUGUCAAUGAUGUAGACGAAUACUUUAUUAAAGAUACAAAACAUGAUUUAAAGGUGCCAAGUGUUGAAAAUUACUUGAUCAAUAAAACCAAAUUGCCAAAAGACACUGACUUUCGGAUAUCAAUGACCGUUCCAGAUAAAAUUUUUGCUGAUGCUGAUACUGUUGAUCACAAAAAGCCAGAAUCUGAAACUGAACAUGAAGAUCAUGUAGCGGAUGUAUCAAUUAAUCAGUCUGAUUUAGAAGUGCUUCCUAAUAUUGAGGAGUUGAAAAGAUUUCUUCUUGAAGAUACGUCUUAUAGAAAACUGAGAAGUGCACAGAAACAAUAUUCAGUCUCGCUCCCACAUUCUCCCAUGCAUAAUAUUUGUAUGGACAUAGAUGCUAAAACAUGUUUAAGCUUCGAAGACCUCAAUUUGGAUUUGUCCGAUCUUACAUUCGAAAAUGAUAAAGAAAAGUCAGGCACCAGUACUAAAAGUGACGAUGUUCCUCGCACUUUGACAGAAGAAGAUGUUAAUAGUUUCCUGAUAACUGACAAUAAACCAGAGCCGAAGAAAAUCGUUAAGGAAGAAGAUGAUUUGAGCCCCCAGGAUAUGGAAAUAGAUAGACCAGUUGAUGCAAUCAUUAGCAAUGUUGAACAACCUCCCAUAAUAAUACCUGACAAGAAAUGCACUUCCACAGCUAUUCCAGAACCAAACGUUUUAGAAUUCUGCAUAGAAAAGCAAACUGUCAAGAAGGAGCCAGAUAUAAAAGUGGAGCCAGAUGACUUUGUAGAUGUAGAAUCGUGUAAUGAUACUGUCAUACCUGUUUUGGAGGCAAACAAUUUAAAUUCUCUCCUUGAGCAAUUUGAGGCAACUGAAAAAUUUAACAUAAAACCUAAAAAGCCUGAUAAUGAGCUGAAAGUGAAAAGUUUGACAAGCGGGAUGCGUUUGCAGGAUGCGGGUGUUCAGCUGAACAAGACUAAAAUGCGUCAGAUAUUGAUGCCGUCGACAGUUAAUACGGUGAUCAGACGAUCGCCUAGCCCUGUUCACUCUGAUCACGACUAUUGCUCCUCCAAAAAGCGGCUCAGCCUCCCUAAUCUAAAGGGCGGGCAAAGUCUGCUGAAACCAGAGGUUCUUUCAAGCAACAACAGGAUAUUAAGCUCUAGACAUAGGGCUUGUAAAAAUAAAAAAGUAGUGUAUCAUCUUAGUAGUGAUGAGGAAGGUGAAGUUAGUGAUGCUAAGAAAAAUAAACUCAUAAAUAAUCGCUCUAGUGAAGAUAAUGACAUUAAAUCGAGUAAGAAAUCUAGUGCAAAGGUAACUGUUAAGCCGACAGUGAAUUCAAACCAUCGUAAGAAACUAUCACCUCCACAUAGUGUAUCGAACGAUGGUGGUAUUGAUAAAAAUAACGGUUCUGUGAUUGCGAAAACUGCUUGUAAAGCAAGUGAUACUCCUUGUAGUCAAAGUUCUAAUGGUAGUAUUAAGUUAACUAUUAAAAAUAAAUCUGAAGUUAUCAUCAAAAACUGUGAUGUUAAGGACAAUCGGAAGGACACGGUUUUUGAAAAACAUAAAAGUAGUAGUAAGUGUAAUAGCACAAAUAAACUAUCUAACCAUAAAAACAAUUCUAUUAAAAAUGUUGAAACAGUAGAUAGAAUAAAAAAUAAAGACGUGAUUAGUGUAGAGCAACAUGCUAGUGAAAAUAUAAAGCAGGAAGUAAAUUCGAAUCCUGAACAUUUUUAUACGGCACUAUUUAGUAAUAAGCAAGACGUGCAAAUUCCUCAUUCAAUACCAUUGAAAACUGAGAAGAAAGUUAAUGAGGAAGAGAACAAAGUUAUUGCCGAUGUAACCUCGCGGCAAGACUUUGAGCAACCACAGAAAAAGAAAAAACUGAAUCUCCAAGAAUACAAAUUAAGGCGAGACGGCAAUUCAAAUAAUAGUUCUGCACAGGUCAGCCCAGAGGCGAUAUUUCCCGAUAUGCCGUGCAAUCUUAACUUUGACAAGGACAUUAAAAGCUCUAACAUUAUAAAUACUAAUAGCUCGUUACUCCCAAAAGAGCAAGUAAGUCCUGAAACGGAAAAUACCAUUUUUGAUCCAAUAAGGGAGGCUUCUCGGAAGAUACUAAUGAAUUCUAAAAAGCAAAAAGCAGAAGCUAUGAGAAAAAGAGAUGAAGAUAUUGUGAUGAGUAAAAUUCCAAAAGUGGAAAACUUAGAGCUUCAACCUCUCAUUAGUGAUGCAGAAAUGAUGAAAAUUGUAGGAAUGACUGCUGAAGUUCUACCUGUUCCAAUAGCGACUCCACCAGGACUUCAAGAAGAGAAAGUAAAAUUGGCCACGAAACAUCCUCCUACAGAUUAUGAUGAAAUGGUUUUGGUUAGCGUUGGAACCAACACAGAUGAAAAUGUUUUCAAACAAUUGGAACAACAGAAACCAACUGAGAGUAAGAAACGUAAAUCGGAACCACCUCAAAACGAAAACAAAUCAACAAUUAAUUUUAAAAUAAAGAAAUCCGACCACGUUUCGAAACACAAUGUUUUCUCUGCCGUCAAAAACAACAGGCACAGUGCAGACGAUAAAAACCAUACUGAUAUCAAAUUCAAUAAAGCCAGACUCAAAGACAUCACAGCUACAUUGAAAAGUGUCGAGAAACAGGUCGACACAAAAAUAUCAAGUAACUCUCUAUUUGCAAGUAUACAAGAUGUUGUAAUGAAAAAGACUCCAACUUCAAAUGGGGAACAAAAAUCCUCGAAGCUUACCUCACCAACUGAAAAACGUGAAUUCAAAUAUGCAAAAGCAACAAUAAUUCGAGAGUACGAUACUAAAGUUGAACAUGGCGAGGAUAAAAUUAUACUUCAUCUUGAAAAGAAUAGAAAGAAGCCCGACGUUGCUUCGAUAGAUAUCCAAACCGAAUCGGCAUCUGAAGUGACAGGCCUAACUAAAGUAACUCAAAAAACAAGCCCCAAAGAGCCGAGUACAUCUCCAAGGAAAAGAAAUGAUAGCGAUAUGUCAAUGUCAAGCGAAGACAAUCCGGUCCACAUUAAAAAAGUGCAAACACCUCCUAAAUCCGACGAAAAAGUUGCAAGAUCAAGACCUGAAACUACUAGACGAGAGAUAAUCAGAUCACAGUCCAAAGAAAAGAGGUCUCGGUCUAGAGAUCGAUACGAUGUUAAAUACAGGCGGUCCAGAUCUCAUUCUAGAGGACACAGAAGGAAAAGAUCACAUAGUCGCAACAGGUCAAGAUCUCGUGGACGUUUUCGGCGCUACAGACGAUCAGACUCUCCCUAUAGAAGGAAAAGACGAUCGCGUACCAGAUCACCGUAUCGAUCCAGACAUUCGCCCUCCGUUCGAAGAGACUACCGAUCGAAUAGAUCGCGAUCAAGAUCGAAACACGCCGAUCUGAAUAGAACGAAAAGUCCAGUCAAGAAAAGGCCUAGUCCCCAAACCAUUGUAAAUAAUGAAAAGAAACCGGUCAAAUCGUUAACGCCACCGUUACGAAAACCAACAGUCUCUGAAAGUUCAGAGUCAUCAACUUCUUCCAGUUCAUCUUCGUCCAGUGAAUCGUCCGCGUCGUCUCACUCGCGCAAGUCUAAAAGUCCUGUGCGGAAGGAGGACAGCUAUAGAAAAAAGGAUUACCGGAGUUCUUACAGCUCUGAGGAUAGGGAGAGUAAUACGCCAGUGGAAGAGAGACGGAUAGUAUUCGUGGGGCGGUUAGAAAAGGACGUCACGAAGGCCGGCUUGCGUUCACAGUUCGUCAAGUUUGGACCAGUCUCUGAAGUGAGGCUGCAUUCUAAGGAGGAUGGGUCCCGCUACGGUUUCGUGACCUUCCAAAGGCCCAAGGACGCGUGGUCGGCAGUGGAGGCGGCCGGCACGUUUCCACAGUACGACGUCGGUUUUGGCGGACGGAGAGCUUUCUGCCGGCAGAGCUAUGCGGAUCUUGAUGGUCUGGAAGCGAAAUAUACUGAGAGCGCUUUCCACGGCCAACCGGCGUUGCCAGCACGCAGGAACGACGAUAUGUCCUUCGAGCAAAUGUUGCUAGACAUAAAAAAGAAACUUAACAAGCGGAAAGGCGACAAAAGUCGCGACGACUCCGCAGCUUGACGAUUACUCCAUAAUACCCCGUUCGUUGCAAUAAAGUAUGUGAUAACCCUCGCGAUUCUUUAUCUGUGCUUGUCAAAGUGACGUUUGAUAUCUGACACAUGUCAGUAUGCGGUUACUUUAUCUGUGACAAAGUGAAUUUAUAUACUAUCACGGUUAGCUCGCGGUACAUAUUAUAUACAGACAGCUGUUGUAACGGGUUUUUGUAUGUGAAGUGUCGUUAUACAGC